AGUGAGGCGUACAAGGACAUCCCCAUCUUCAAGGGCAAGCACACCCCCCAUGCCACCUUCACCGACAACAAGGAGCGGUUACAGUUUGGCACAAUGAACUUUUUGGGCUUAAUCGGAAACCCGCGAGUGGAGGAAUCGGCAGAAAAGGCAAUCCGUAAAUACGGAGUAGGCUCAUGUGGUCCCAGAGGAUUCUACGGCUCUAUUGGUACGUGA